CCGGGAGAAACUUGGUGUCCAGGGGCGGCCCCCGGCGGCUGGAGCGCGGCGCGGGCGGGCGCGGAGGCCGGAGGGAGCCGAGGCGAGGGGCGGCCCGAGCGCGGGGAGGACCCGGCGAGCCGGUCAUGUGCCCGUGCCCCCUGCACCGCGGCCGCGGGCCCCCGGCCGUGUGCGCCUGCAGCGCGGGCCGCCUGGGGCUGCGCUCGGCGGCCGCGCAGCUCACGGCCGCGCGGCUCAAGGCGCUGGGCGACGAGCUGCACCAGCGCACGAUGCGGCGGCGCCGCGCGCGGGGUCGGGGGGCGCGGGCGCCCGGCGCGCUCCGCUCCUACUGGCCCUGGCUGUGCGCGGCCGCGCAGGUGGCGGCGCUGGCGGCCUGGCUGCUCGGCAGGCGGAACUUGUAGGAGCGCGGGGCUGCGUGGAGGGGCCGGAGCCGAGACCCAGCUGGAGCGAGCAACAGGUUGGUGCAACCCCUGUGUUCUUGGAGAAAGCUGGUUCCCGUUUUCCUGAGGGGAAGCCCAGAGCUGGAAGGGCGGCGGUUGGCACUUCGAGGAGGAAGUGGAGGCUCAGCCGGCGCCUGGAGUGAGGGCAGAAAGGUGGUGGCUGGGGC